AUGAUACCACGACAAGGUGCUUUAGAAGUAUUAUUACAAUUUCUAGAGCGAAAUUUACACAAUAAUAAAAUCCGUACAUUACGUAUUGAUGAUAUUAUGAGAAUGGCUCGUCUCGUAUUGGAUACGAAUAUUUUUGCUUAUGAAAAUAAAUAUUAUCGACAAAUACGUGGUGGAGCAAUGGGAUCUGCCUUUACCCGAACUUUAGCUAAUAUUUAUAUGCUAGAUUGGGAACAACAACUAAUGCAUGACCAACAAGCAGAUCAGGAAAUUUAUGGAAGAUAUAUUGAUGAUGUAUUUAUGACAACAAACUUAACACAUGAUCAAAUCAAAGUAAGAUUGGACAAUGCUCAUAGAAAAGAUUCCAAUAUUCGUAUUUCUUAUUCUAUUCAAUCUACUAUCGACUUUCUUGAUGUUACCGUCAACAAUGAACAUGGUCACUUGAAAACUUCUAUCUUUCAUAAAUCAGCAGCUGAACCUUAUGUACUACCUUAUACUUCGGAUCAUCCUCGACAUGUUUUUCGUAAUAUACCGUAUGCUGCUUUAUUAAGAGCUGCACGAAUCUGCUCAAAUGUAGAAGAUUUUGAUAUGGAACGUAUUCGUAUCGAUUUAUCAUUAUUACUAAAUGAAUAUCCACCUUCAUUUAUAUUCAAACAUUUUCAUCGAUUCUUCGAAAUCAAUCAGACUAUAGCAGUAUUUGAAAGACUCGACUCGCAAGUAUACUACCAAUUACACCAACAAUUACUUCAUAAGCCCACAAGAAGAGAACAGCAACUUCAACAAGCAACAGGAGACAUUGAUGUUUUACCUGAAAUAGUUGAAUAUCAAUUGAAAGUAUUCUUUAAUACAAAAUUAAUGACUGAUCCAGAUCGAAACAUUGAAAGAGAUAUCGAUCGAUUUGAUGAUAUUUUCCAUCGAUUUGAUGAUGAUAUUGAUGAGGAAGAAGAUACAAACAUUGAUUUUGAUAAUCUUUAUAUGAAUAUUGGCAAAGAUAAUAAUAAUGAUGUAAUUGAAAUUGAGCAAUUAAAUGAUGAUAAGAAUAAUUUGAUUGAUUCCGUGUUCAAAGAAGAAAAUUUAUCUCAAAAAUUAAGUCAAUUAUCAGCUACUGAUAAAGAGCAAGAGGAUAGCGAUAAAUCUAAAUCAUCAACUGUCAAGAAACGACCAACUUUAACACCAACUACAACAACAGAUAACAUAUCGAAAAAAAUGAAACCCGAUAACGAAGAAUCAACUAGUAAUCAAAUACCAAGAUAUUUAUCAAGUCAUAAUAAAGCAUUUGAACAAAUGAUCAAUCCUAUACUUGAAAAAACAACAACAACAACAACUUCUAUCAAUAUUGAAUAUUUACGAGAGAUUGCUAUUCUUAUUCACCAACUUGAAUGCAUUAAUCUUGAUAGAUUACUAUGGACGACAUAUUUACGUUCUGGGACAGGUACAUUAAAGCCACAAGCAACAACAUCGACACUCUUAUUAUGGCCUUUAGAAGUUAAACAGAGAAUGAUUGAUCGUGGUCAAACAACUGCAUCUGAUCCAAAUGAAAUAGAUCAUGCUUCUUGUUUGAAUUAUGUUCAGAGAGUACUACAAAAAUUUCGAAACCAAACUGAACAUUAUCAAGCUCAAUUGAAAGAAAGAAAAAAACGUUUAAACAAUUGUUGGACAUGUGAAAUCGGAGAAGUUAUUACUAAAUUUGUUCAACGACAUGUCACACCUAUAUAUAAAGCACCUACAGAAGGACAAAUUGCUAUCGUUCAAUAUGAUUAUAAUGAUCGAUUGAUUCAAUUAGAAUAUUAUCAACAAAAUCCAAAUGAAUAUCAAAAACAAAUAUUUGAAAAUCUUACUCAAGCCAAAUAUGAAAAAGAAACAUCUAAAUUUGAUGUAGCAAUAUUAAAACAACGUAUUGUUUAUAAUCAUUUACCACACUCAUUUGAAUCACUUAAAAUACCUCCACCCAUAUCAUUCGAUACAAUUACUGAUACGAUGACUCGUCAACAUUUAAAGGAUCGAUGUGAGAAAAUUUUACAACGAACGAAAUCCGAAAUGAUGAUGAUUUAUAUUACAACAGCCGAAGCAAAAAUGAAUGAAUAUGAAAAGAAAUUCGAUACAGACUUGGCUAAAAUGAAAGAAAAUCAAUGUUCUGGUCCAUCACAUAAAAAAUUAACUCAAACAAUGUUGAAUAUUAUGGAACGACGUUUUCAGAAUAUAAAUGAACGUCUUACAUGUCUUUACAAAUUAAAACUACGUUUUUUCGUCAAAGCUCCGACGGAACAAGUUACAUUUCUUAAUCGUGGACCAACCUAUGUUCCACCAUGUCAAAUACAUAUUUUAUCAAAAUCUUCUUUAAUACUGGCUCAAAUCGUUACGAAACAAAUGGCACCACUUCAACGAGAACUUGCAAAACUUUUCAUCAAAUAUCCAAUCGAUCUCUCUCGUCAAAUGCAUUUUGAAAACGGGAUUGAACAAUUAUUCAAUGAAUCAUUUCUUCAACCUAUGCCUUCUGUACUUGAGGAGCGUGCACUCUAUGAAAAACAGCUCAUUCUAUCAAUUAGAUAUCAAUUAAAUAAAGAUCAAUUGAUUCUACGGCGAACCGCUGAUGAGAUGAAUACAUAUUAUCUUGAUCGAUUGAAUGAAUUUAAUCAAAAAUCGAAUGAAUAUAUUCAGAAUUCAACUUGUUACGAACUGAUUGAAACAAUUAAUGAAAUUAAUACAGAACAACAACAAUUAGAAGGAAUUAUUCAAUCUAUUGAUUUACAACUGGAAAUAUUAUAUCAAAGAAAAUUGAUUAAAGAAGAUCAUUUAAUCAGAUUAAGUAUUGGCAAAAAAACAAAUAUCAAUCUUCCAUAUCUUUAUUUCUUACCAGAAACGAAUGAAAAUGUUCAUAUGUCAGUACAACCACGACUAUCAUCAUGUCAGCAUUGUCCAAUAUAUACUCUAGCUACUUAUCUUAAUCAACUUCUUCGACCAUUAUUUGAUAAUUUUUCACGAUCAACAACAUUUCUUAAUGGUGGUGAUUUUAUACAAAAACUACAAUAUUAUUGUAUACAACUAGAUCUUCUUCAACCGAAAACAUAUUUUGCAACAUUUAAAAUUCAUGAUUUAUAUAUGAAGAUAUCACAUUCGGUUCUUCUUGAAGCAUUAAAUAUAUUUCUAGUGAAUCCACUUGUCAAUGGUCGACAUCAAAAAUUAUCAAGUGAUGCUAUUCAAGAAUUAACUGCAAUAGUCUUACAAAAUAAUGUUUUCUCUUACAAUGGAAAAAUCUACCGAUUUAUUCAAGGAGGUCCAUUAAAUUUACCAUUAAUAGAAUUAUUAUGUCAUAUUUAUAUGCAUCAUUGGCAAUAUUCAUUAGUUACACAUAUUUGUUUGAAAGAUGCAUUCUAUGGUCGAUAUAAAGAUACAGGUUUUUUAACAUGGAAUAGUCCGAUUGAUCAAUUGCAAACAUUAUUCAAUAAACUUGAACAAGAACUAGAUUCGAAUCUUCAAAUGACAACAUUUAUUAGUAGUGAUGUUCAUUUUCUUCAUGCUGCUAUUGAAAAUCGAAAAGGAUCUUUACAUACUCAUGUGUAUCAUGAUUGA